AUUGUUUCAUGUUUACACACAGAGCCGAGCAGCAAACCUCGGUGUGUGUGUGUGUGUGUGUGUGUGUUUUUAUAUAAACGAUCUGAUCAUAUUCGUGGUAAAGCAUGAUGAACAUGGCCUCCACGUCAAGCGAGAAGAUAUCAGGACCCAAAAAGAAAAGCGAGAAGAAGAUUGCGUCCAAAGAGGAGUACAGAUUAUUGUCCAACAUCAUGGGAGUGAUGAAUAACUUACGGAAACAAGGCAUCCUGUGUGACGUGAUCCUGGUGGUGCAGGGCAAACACAUCCUGGCGCACCGAGUGGUGCUGGCCGCCGCGAGCCACUUCUUCAACCUCAUGUUCACAUCGAGCAUGAUGGAGGCCACCAAUCACGAGGUGGAGCUGGGCGGAGCGGAGCCGGAGAUCGUCGAGCUGCUGGUGGAGUUCGUCUACACGGCUCGAAUCUCAGUGAACAGUAAUAACGUCCAGUCUCUGCUGAACGCUGCUAACCAGUACCAGAUUGAACCGGUCAAGAAGAUGUGUGUGGAUUUCCUGAAGGAGCAGGUGGAUGCCACCAACUGUCUGGGCAUCAGCGCGUUGGCCGAGUGUCUGAACUGUCCGGAGCUGAAGGUGGCGGCCGAUGAUUUCAUCCACCAGCACUUCACAGACGUCUACAAGAUGGACGAGUUCCUCCAGCUGGACGUGAAGCAGGUGACAUACCUCCUCCAGCAGGACACGCUGACCGUCCGAGCCGAAGACCAGAUAUACGACGCGGCGGUGCGCUGGCUGAAGUACGACGUCUUGAAUCGACAGCAGUACAUCGUGGACAUCCUGGGGAAGGUUCGAUUCCCGCUCGUAUCCAAAAACUUCCUCAGUAAGACCGUUCAGGCCGAACCGCUGAUCCAGGACAACCCUGAGUGCCUGAAAAUGGUCAUCUGCGGGAUGCGUUAUCAUCUUCUGUCUCCGGAGGACCGCGAGGAGCUCGGUGAAAGCAGUCGACCGCGACGCAAGAAACACGAUUACCGUAUCGCUCUGUUCGGAGGAUCACAGCCUCAGUCCUGCCGCUACUUCAACCCCAAGGAUUACAGUUGGACGGACAUCCGCUGCCCCUUUGAGAAGCGGCGGGACGCGGCGUCUGUGUUCUGGGACAACGUGGUUUACAUCCUGGGCGGCUCUCAGCUCUUCCCCAUCAAACGGAUGGACUGCUAUAACGUGGUGAAGGACAGCUGGUACUCCAAACUGGGGCCCCCGAACCCGCGGGACAGCCUGGCCGCCUGCGCCUCCAAAGGGAAGAUCUACACCUCCGGAGGCUCCGAAGUGGGAAGCUCAGCUCUGAAUCUGUUCGAGUGUUACGACACGCGCACGGAGACGUGGCAGACCAAGCACAACAUGCUGAUGCCCCGCUGCAGUCACGGCUCGGUGGAGGCCAGCGGCCUGAUCUACGUCUGCGGGGGAAGUCUGGGGAACAACGUGUCCGGCCGAGUCCUCAACGACUGCGAGGUGUACGACCCCAACACCGAAGAGUGGAGGGCUCUCUGUGGGAUGCGGGAGGCCCGUAAGAAUCACGGUCUGGUUGUGGUGAACUCAAGAAUAUACGCCGUCGGCGGGCAGAACACUCUCGGCGGUCUGGACUCGGUGGAGUACUACGAGAUCGGCAGUAACGAGUGGAAGAUGGCGUCUCCGAUGCCGUGGCGCGGCGUGACGGUGAAGUGUGCCGCCGUGGGCUCCGUCAUCUACGUGCUGGCCGGCUUUCAGGGGGUCGGGCGUCUCGGCCACAUCAUGGAGUACUACACAGAGACCGACAAAUGGGUGGUCUCCAGCAAAGUCCGCGCGUUUCCCGUCACCAGCUGCCUCAUCUGUCUGGUGGACACCUGCGGCGCCAACGAGGAGGACAUGAACUCAACAUCUUCAUCCUCAUCCUCGUCAUCGGCGGAUGGAAGAAUGUAGCUGUCGGAGUGUAUAGACGAUAUAACACCGCUGGAAACACAGAGCAGAGGACAGACAUUCACUUCUGCUUUUCGUGCAUCUGAUGGUUUGUGUGAAGAUUGCACCCAUCGAGUCCAAGCGUAAUUAUUUUUUUUUGCUGAGAUCAGCCUGUGUCUUUAUGUCCACCCGUUUGCCGUUUUAUUUUGAUCUUUGAGUUUUAACAGACGGGUUGUGGGUGAAAACGUUUGCACCUCUGCGUUCAGCAGGCUUUGGGGACUUAAAACGCUUUUAUGCUGGUUUUUAUGUUUUAAAAACGUGCGUUUCGAUGUGUUUGUAUUAUGUGUAAGCAAACUUGUAAUUUUAAUUUUUUAAAUAAUGAUCAUACGGUCGUUUUGAUGUUGCAGAACUACAAUAAAGCUGGCCAAAAAGUU